CCCCGCGCGCCGCCCCCGCUGAGCCCGCGCCCGCCCGGGCGCCGCCCGGCACCAUGGUGCAGAAGUCUCGCAACGGCGGCGUGUACCCUGGCCCGAGCGGGGAGAAGAAGCUCAAGGUGGGCUUCGUGGGGCUGGACCCCGGCGCGCCCGACUCCACCCGAGACGGCGCUCUGCUCAUCGCCGGCUCCGAGGCCCCCAAGCGCGGCAGCAUCCUCAGUAAGCCGCGCGCGGGCGGCGCGGGCGCCGGGAAGCCCCCCAAGCGCAACGCCUUCUACCGCAAGCUGCAGAAUUUCCUCUACAACGUGUUGGAGCGGCCGCGCGGCUGGGCUUUCAUCUACCACGCCUACGUGUUCCUGCUGGUCUUCUCCUGCCUCGUGCUGUCUGUGUUCUCCACCAUCAAGGAGUAUGAGAAGAGCUCGGAGGGCGCACUCUACAUCCUGGAAAUCGUGACCAUCGUGGUGUUCGGCGUGGAGUACUUCGUGCGGAUCUGGGCCGCGGGCUGCUGCUGCCGGUACCGCGGCUGGAGGGGGCGGCUCAAGUUUGCACGGAAGCCCUUCUGUGUGAUCGACGUCAUGGUGCUCAUCGCGUCCAUCGCCGUGCUGGCCGCCGGCUCCCAGGGCAACGUCUUCGCCACGUCGGCGCUGCGCAGCCUGCGCUUCCUGCAGAUCCUGCGCAUGAUCCGGAUGGACCGGCGCGGCGGCACCUGGAAGCUGCUGGGCUCCGUGGUCUACGCGCACAGCAAGGAGCUGGUCACUGCCUGGUACAUCGGCUUCCUCUGCCUCAUCCUGGCCUCGUUUCUGGUGUACUUGGCGGAGAAGGGGGAGAACGAUCACUUUGAUACCUACGCGGACGCGCUCUGGUGGGGCCUGAUCACCCUGACAACCAUUGGCUACGGGGACAAGUACCCCCAGACCUGGAACGGGAGGCUCCUGGCGGCAACCUUCACCCUCAUCGGCGUCUCCUUCUUCGCUCUUCCUGCUGGCAUCUUGGGGUCUGGCUUUGCCCUGAAAGUUCAAGAACAGCAUCGUCAGAAGCACUUUGAGAAGAGGCGGAACCCUGCGGCAGGCCUGAUCCAGUCCGCCUGGAGGUUCUACGCCACCAACCUGUCACGCACGGACCUGCACUCCACGUGGCAGUACUAUGAGCGCACGGUGACCGUCCCCAUGUACAGCUCGCAAACUCAAACCUACGGGGCCUCCAGACUGAUCCCGCCGCUGAACCAGUUAGAGCUGCUUCGGAACCUCAAGAGCAAAUCUGGACUCACCUUCAGGAAGGAGCCCCAGCCGGAACCAUCCCCAAGUAAAGGCAGACGGUGCACAGAGUCCCUGUGUGGAUGCUGCCCAGGACACGCUAGUCAGAAGGUCAGUUUGAAAGACCGUGUCUUCUCCAGCCCCCGCGGCGUGGCUGCCAAGGGCAAGGGGUCCCCUCAGGCCCAGACCGUCCGGCGGUCGCCCAGCGCCGACCAGAGCCUGGAGGACAGCCCAAGCAAGGUGCCCAAGAGCUGGAGCUUCGGGGAGCGCGGCCGCGCGCGGCAGGCCUUCCGCGCCAGGGGCGCCGCUUCCCGGCAGAACUCGGAAGAAGCAAGUCUCCCAGGGGAGGACAUUGUGGACGACAACAAGAGCUGCAACUGCGAGUUUGUGACGGAGGAUCUGACCCCAGGCCUCAAAGUCAGCAUCAGGGCCGUGUGUGUCAUGCGGUUCCUGGUGUCCAAGCGCAAGUUCAAGGAGAGCCUACGGCCCUACGACGUGAUGGACGUGAUUGAGCAGUACUCGGCCGGCCACCUGGACAUGCUAUCCCGCAUCAAAAACCUGCAGUCCAGAGUGGACCAGAUCGUGGGGCGAGGCCCGGCCAUAGCGGACAAAGACCGAGGCAAGGGCCCGGCUGAGGCAGAGCUGCCCGAGGACCCCAGCAUGAUGGGACGGCUGGGGAAGGUGGAGAAGCAGGUCCUGUCCAUGGAGAAGAAGCUGGAUUUCCUGGUGAACAUCUACACGCAGCGCAUGGGCGUCCCCCCGACGGAGACUGAGGCCUACUUCGGGGCCAAGGAGCCGGAGCCGGCGCCGCCAUACCACAGCCCCGAGGACAGCCGGGACCACGGCGGCAGGAACGGCUGCAUCAUCAAGCUCAUCCGCUCCACCAGCUCCAUGGGCCAGAAGAACUUCUCGGCGCCCCCCGCCGCGCCCCCCGCCCAGUGCCCGCCCUCCACCUCGUGGCAGCAGCAGUGCCACCCGCGCCAGGGCCACGGCACCUCACCCGUGGGGGACCACGGCUCGCUGGUGCGCAUCCCGCCGCCACCCGCCCACGAGCGGUCCCUGUCCGCCUACAGCGGGGGCCACCGGGCCAGCACGGAGCUCCUGAGGUCGGAGGACGGCCCGGCCUGCAGGCCCCACGAGGGCGCCCUGCGGGACAGCGACACGUCCAUCUCCAUCCCGUCCGUAGACCACGAGGAGCUGGAACGCUCCUUCAGCGGCUUCAGCAUCUCCCAGUCCAAGGAGAACCUGGACGCCCUCAACAGCUGCUACGCCGCCGCCGCCGCGCCGUGCGCCAAAGUCAGGCCCUACAUUGCGGAGGGCGAGUCGGACACGGACUCGGACCUCUGCACCCCGUGCGGGCCCCCGCCGCGCUCUGCCACGGGCGAGGGCCCCUUCGGCGAUGUGGGCUGGGCCGGGCCACGGAAGUGAGGCCGCCCGCCGGCCUGCCCCUGACUCCUGGCCUCCCGGGCUCGAGGCGGACCCUCCGGGGCCCUUUGCUUAGGGUAGCGCAGCGCGG